GGACGAGGGCGCGGCGGGGCAGGGCGCGUGGGGAGACGUGUCGAGGCACCUGCUCGACCGCUUCGCCCUGUCGCACACCAUCCCGCCGUCGUCGCUCCUGUCCUCCACGCGCUUCUUUGCACCCGCUCCCUCGCCCUCGUCCUCGAACUCGACCUCGACCUCGCCGCCGCGGCGCGCUCUAUACCUCCCCGAGCACGUCCUGCCGUCGUACGUCUCCGACUCGCUCGACACGUACACGUCCGACCUCGUCUCGGCCCUGCGGCACCACCCGCAGCUCGACGGCCGCAUGCUCACCGCCCACGCCGUGCGGGACCUGCGCCGGGCGACACGCGUCUGGGCCGCGCUCACCAAGGGCGCUGUCCUGAGCCUCGGUCCGGCGCCGGCGUCAGCGUCGGCCGCCUCGGGCGACGGCGUGCCCGAGCCCGACAGCGCCACAGCCAGGCUCGCGCUCCGCGUGGUUGACGACGGCGCAGGCGCAGACGCAGACGCAGACGCAGACGCAGACGCGACGUCGUCGUCGUCGUCGGCCGUGCUCGUCCUCCCCGCCGACGUGCUCGCCGUCGUGCUGUCGGUCGUCGGGCACCGCCUCGCGCUGCGCCGCCCCGAGGACGAGAAGAGCCUGUUCUGGGGGAGCGAGGUCGGAGCGCUCAGAGGGAGGAGAGGCGGCGGCGGUGGCGAGGGCGAGGGGGGCGAGCGCGGGCUGGGGCAGGUCGUGACGGUCGAGGCCGUCGUGCGAGAGGUCGUCGCCGUCGUGUAG